GCAGUAGCAUGCCGCCCUUCGUGCCGUGAACGUCGUGGAACGCGGUCCGAACGUGAACGAGAGGUCUACGGUGUCGUUCCCUCGAGUGUCAGCCGAGCCAACCCCUUGUCAACCCCUAACAGAGUCGAAUAAGAAGAGUCAGCCGCGACGAUAGGCCAUAAGAGAGAGAGAGAGAGAGAGAGAGAGCACAGGUCCGGUAAAUAGAUGCGGAACAUGCGGGCCCGGUGAACUUGAGGAAAGAUGGUGGACAAAGGGGAACUGGAGAAGCCACCGUCGCCGGUGAACAUCAACGAGGCGAUCGAAGCGAAGGUGUUGACUCGGAAGACUGCCAGAAUACUUAAAAAUGGGCUGCUGCUGUACGAGGCUGUGAUCAAGAACGAGGCGGAUACGGUUCGCAAGGUGCUGAAAGAGACGGUGGACGUCGACUCGAGGAACAACUAUGGCCGGGCGCCGAUCCAUUGGGCCGCGUCCUGGGGAAACACGGAGAUCAUCGAAAUGUUGAUACAGGCGAAAUGCGACAUCGAGGCCAGAGACAAGUCUGGUAUGCGGCCGUUGCACAUGGCGGCCAAGUACGGGCACCGAGACGCCGUGAAGAUGUUAAUCAACGCCGGAGCGAAUGUGUCUGCUGUCAACAAGGAACAAUACACGCUUUUAAUGUACGCCGCCCAGGGCACCAACAUGGACGUCGUGGAAUAUCUCGCGGAGACUGUGGAGUCUUUGAACGGGGAUGCAACCGAUUGUACUGGCUCGACUGCACUUCACCAUGCAGCCAGCGCCGGUCAUCCGACUGUGAUCACAGCGCUCUCGAAAAUAUCCAGUAUCGAGUUGAACGCCACCGACAAGAAAGGACAGACGCCUCUGCACUAUGCCUGUGCCAAGGGAAACCUGGCAGCCGUGGAGGUCCUGAUAGGACUGAAUGCGAACAUGAACGCCCAGGAUGUCGAAGGAAACACACCUCUCCACGUGGCUACCAGGACGAGACACACCGCCAUCGCUCAAUUACUGUUGAGGGCUGGAGCUGACACCGAGAUCACGGAUCAGAUGGGUUUCACUCCGUUGCACGUCGCCGCCAGUCAGGGCUGCAAGGGAAUAUUAGACUCGAUGAUUCAACACGGCGCGGCUCUGAACAAACAGUGCAAGUACGGUAACACGCCGCUGCAUCUCGCCUGCCAGAACAACGUCGAACAACAGGUCGAAACGGUGCAGAUAUUAAUCGGCAAAGGCGUCGACCUGAACUGCUUGAACUUGAGACUACAAUCGCCUAUCCACAUCGCUGCCGAGAUGGGUCAUAAGGAGAUAUGCGAGCUGUUGCUCGCGGCAGGUGCGAAUAUCGAGCAGAGAGAACAGAGCGGCAGGACGCCGCUGUACAUCGCGGCGAGGGGUAGCUUCACGGCCAUCGUCGACAUGAUUAUCAAAACCGCCAGACUCGACUAUCCCGCGCCGGAAGCCUCCACAUCCGAGAAAGAGAUCCGCGAUCUAACGCCGGCCAGGAGAAGAUGGCGGGAGGGAUCCAGAGGCGGCAGCAUCUCCAGCAACAACUGCGGCUUCCCGGAGUCCGUUCUGUGGAAGCUGGCGUACAAACAGCUGGGCCCCGACGACUGGAAGAAGCUGGCGCUCCAUUGGGCCUUCACGCAGGAUCAGAUCCUGGCGAUCGAGCACCAGUACACUGCUCCUCUUAUAGGUCCCUCGAGCUACAAGGAGCACGGCUUCCGGAUGCUGAUGAUCUGGGCGUCGGGAUUGAGUCCUGAAAUCCCCAUAGGCAAGGAGCUGUGCGACGCUUUGAUCGCGGUAGACAAGAAGGCUGCCGCUGAGUCCGUUCGCAAGCACAUGGAGCAGGAGAAAGACGGCAAAACGAAGUCGCACAAGCAGCGUUGUCACAAAUGUUCCAUCGCCUAAAUUCCAUCGACCCCCGUGCUUUAACGAAAAAAACGAACGAUAACCACGCGUCGCCGUCGACGGCGGCGAUAUCGCGUUUGCCACAUAUCUGUAUAGUUGUCGAUCUUUUUUACGGUGCGACCUGCUACACACGAAACGCGCGCAGCGGUGUCUAUUGUGUAGUCGUCGAAAUAGAAACCGGAGAAUCAACGAAACGAGUCGCUCGCGUCAACGAAUCGCUCUCGAACCGUGUACACCCAACGAUUCUACAGUCUCGAGGUUUCACGUAGAUUAAAGCGAAACGGCGGAGGGGAGGAGGGGCGUUUGUAAAUAUUUUCGAGGAACGAGAUUGCUCUCUGUCGGGUCUCCCGAAGCAUUGUACGCACGUAUUUCGUCUUCGCGUCGAUAGGACCGGCGCGAACGCGUGCGAGAAAAAGCGAACCGUCCCGCGAUGUUUUAUUCUAUCGGAUCGAGUGUGCUGCACUCGGGAGGAUCGACUCUGCUCCAUCGAUUCUGGGCGUAGAACGCGUAGAACACGUGCAUUGAAGUCAUGGGGUGUGCGGGUAUCUCAUAGAGGUGGGCGGGUACCCGAAUAUUUCGUGACUCGGGUCGGGACCAUUGUGUACGGGAAAAUAAGUUACGCAAGGAGUGGGGGCUGGCGACGCAUGCGCGGGAGUCCCCGGCGUGGCGCUGUCGCGCGAACGUCGUAAUUCUGAACUACGAUCAGAAAGAGGCCUUACGUCGCGUCGCGAUCGCAGCUCAGAAUUAUAACGAUCAUCCGGUAGACGCGCCGCGCCGCCUAUGCGGGACUCCCGGCGCAUGCGUCGACAAUCUCACUCCUUGCGUAACUUAUUUUCCUGUGAACGCUGGUCCCGAUCCGACGCGAGACACGAAAUGACGAGUUCCCGCACAUCCCCAAUUGGAGCACACGGGCUCAGCUUGCAGGGCUUUAGAUGUGAUAAAACGAGAAACCGUAGAUUUAUUUGGUACCGUGCGAAACGAUUGCGCAAUUCGAGGAAGACAAUCUCUACAUAUCCAGGAAAAAAAGUGUACAACUCGAUACAAAGCUGUAACCGAAGUAUCCACUGAGAACUUUCGAGCGGACGAACGUUCCCAAUAAACGCUGCAAAUUGAACAAUA